AUGUCGGGAGCCAGUGAAUGUAUGGGGCUUGGGCGAAGCAGUUGGAGAAGUCGGGGUGAGAAGGUUCUUUCGCCUGAGUUUCUGAAUUCCCAGCUGGCUCUGAAGUAUCCACUCAGCAAAGCCGAACAGAGGAAAUGCAGAGCAUCUGGAAAGGCCAUCCCUGCAGUGAGGCCCUGGCUCUGCUUCCCCUCUGUACCCCCCACACCCCCCGCAGGGCCCUGGAACAGUGACUUCUCUCCCCACAGGAGGCUGAGGCCAGGGGACAGGCCUAAGGGAAAUGUCCAGGAGGGGCGCUCCCACGGGGGACAAACGAUCCUGCCAUGUUACCGACCGGCCGCCGCGACCUGGAAGCCUUGUUUUCUACAUCAGACUCAAGAUGGUAGACCAAUCCCCAGUAACAGCCAUGGGAACCAAAGGGGAAGCAACAUGUCAAGAGAUGUCAUCCAUACAGAGGAGCUGUCAAAAUCUGGAGCUAGAGAGCCUGGAGCUGGUGGAGAUUCGGGCUCCUCCCAUGCACACCAGCAACUAAUCAUUAAUCAAGCUGCACCUGGGGAGGACAAAGCAAGCCAGGACCUGACACUCAGCAACGGAUCAUCUGCCUAUCCACGGUGAUCCUGCUCCCUGGACCCGCUCAGCUCCUCUGCCCCCGACUCAGCUCACCUCGUCUCUAACCCUGCUGCCCACAAUCCACUCAAGGAUUACUGCUAACAACCCAGCUCUCAAC